AGAGAGCUCCGCUCCGGGAUCGAACGCGAAUAGCUCCAUCUGUGAGUGACGACACAUAGUGGGAUGCUUGCGGUUGAUUGUAUACUGAGAAAAUUCGUAAGAGAUGGUGCUGAACGGGAAAUAUUGAGAUCCUGCUGAAUAGGCAUCGACACUUUUGUCAAAUACUUCGUAAUGGAGUUGGGAGUAAUUCAAGAAAAGUCACCCCCUUCGCGUGGCUUAAAACAAGUGAAGGUGGAUAAUUGGGGAUCGUUCUUUCUUCAACGACUUCAGACACUCUACUCAGAGGAACAGCUGCUCGAUCUUAAAAUUAAAUUUCCUACAAGUGAUAUUACUGUGCAGGCUCAUCGACUCGUGGUGACAACAUGUACAGACUAUUUUAUGCAACUCGAAGAACAGCAAAAGGAAAAAAAUGUGGACUUUAAUGGUGUAAUAAUUAUGCCUUCAGAUAUGCCUUACGAGUGUGUUAAGUCUAUCAUAAGCUUUAUGUACACUGGACAAUUGGAAUAUUGGACGUCGGAGCAACACGCUUUGUAUCGUACGGCGCAAAAGAUGAAUAUGACAGUCCUAACAAAAUUGCUCGACGCUCAGUUCAACACGUGCAAAAUGCAAGAUGACGGAGCAAAAGCGUCUACGCGUCCAGUGACAGCCUCGAAACCGUCAACUCCGACUGCAAAAACGAUUGUCAGUUCCAGCAGUUCGGCAUCGACCUUAUCUGGACAACCAUUGCCAGGUAGAAAGCUCCCCAUAUGGAAGAGAAAGCUAGACGAAUCUCCACCCAUGCCAGCGAUGAAUUAUGAAGUACGAACAUUCCACAGCGCAUCUUCAAUACAUAAACAGGAGACGACCCCUGGCCCAUCCAGAUUCGAUCUUCCAGAGGCAGACGAUAUUGCACUGGGAGUAUUUUCUUCAUUCGACGACAUUACAUACAAUACAAAGCCUAUUGUUCAAGCAUCCGACUUGUAUAAGAAAGGAGACUCUGGUAAGCAUUCGCCCGACAGGGACAGCAAAAAUGACACGACUGAGGAUGAGGAAGAGGAAAAUCAGGAGAGUGAGAAGAACUUGAGAGAUGCAAAUUCAGACGACGAUUGGAGCUUGACGAGCAAGAGUUACCAGAGAUCCCAAGAAGGCCCAUCUAAACGAGUACGUUUUGAUCUGGAGGAGAAAGAAAAUGUGGAAAAGCCUAAGACGAAUCUUCGCCCAAGUACCGAAGAAUCUAUCAACAAUCAUGCAAAAAUCAUCAGAGAAGUGUUAAAAAAGUAUCCCCAUUUAGUGAAGAACAAUAAAAAUAUUCGCUUGAAGAUUAUGCAGAAAGAAGCGAAAUCCUCCGACAGUAAUAUUGCUGGGAAAACGAAGGUAUCUUAUGUGGUUUUGAAAUCCGACCAUCUGUUGGCCAGCAAUAACGACGAAAACGAUUCAAAGUGUAACGGCAGCAUCGACGGCGAGACAGGCCCGUGGAAGUGCAACAAGUGUGACUUGGACGAGGAAUAUACCAAUUAUUACAUGUACAGAAGGCACAUGCAGGAUGUGCACGAGGAGAAGUUUGAUCCGAGAGUUUGCGAGCAUUGCGGCUACAAGGCAACUAAGCGCAACAUUUUGAUGUAUCAUCUUUAUACCAAGCACAACGUGCCGCCGCCAAAGAGCAUGUGCUUUCCAAAGUGUCAGGCCUGUUCGUACGUUGCCUUGUCAGAGACUCUGCUGGUGCGUCACCAGAUAAAUCAUAAUCAUCGGCCUGCUACCCGACAUCACCCUCUACCUUCGGAGGACAUUCAAUGCGGCCAAUGCAAUCAGUCAUUCAGAAGUGUCACCGAGCUCACCACUCACGAAUUGAACAGUGGACACGGAGGUAUGGCGGAUGGUAAAGAGACCAAGGGCCAUCGUUGUCCAUAUUGUGGUAAAAUGUUUGUGCGCAUAACAAAUUUGCAAGUACAUUUGGAUUGCGCACAUAAAGAAUUACAGAGAGACACCACCGAGUCUUCCCCGACUGCACCGGCUAUACCAUUGGAACCAUCAUCCGAAGCGGAGGCUCUCAGCCAUGUCGCCAGCGGUAUAGCCGCUUCCCUCGGUGUCGGAGACACCGAGACUGCACCGGAAACGCAGGAGGAAGAAACUGUAAAGAUCCAGAAAGCUACGGGUGAGGAAUAUAUUGUGUCGGAUAUGUUGGACGAUAUGACACACAACAUCACUUACAAUGAGCACGAAUUGGAGAGCCAGCACAUGAUUAUGUUGGUUAACAACGACGAAAAUUAUCAGCACGUCGACAACAAUCAUCAUCAACAGCCACAACAGUUGGAUAUUGCCGAUAACGAGCAGAUAGUCAUGCAGGGCACAGACGACGGUAUGAUCGUCUAUAUUCAUGGUGCUGAGGAGGCCGAUCAUCGAGCCUAUGACAAUUAUCAGUCUGUCGAGGCUGCGCAAGAAACGGAAGAAAUAGUAGAGGAGGUUGUCGAGGAGGUCGAGGAGGUCGAGGAGGUCGAGGAGGUUGAGGAGGAAGUCGAGGAGGAAGUCAUGGAGGAAGAGGAGGCGCAGGAGGUGCCACAAGACAUGCUGGAGGAAUGUGCUGAUAAUCAAGUCGAAGUAAUACAAUACGUUGAAGAACAAACGGAGAUAGUAGAGUACGACGAGGAACAAUGCAGCGAACAGAGCAAUAGUAUGGAUGGGCAGCAAGAGUCCGUUAUGAUAAUUGAGGAAGAGCAUGUCGAGGGCGACGAGGACAUGGGAGAGACUACUGAUAAGUCACAGAAACUGCAGAGUUUCACUACCGAAUGGGACGAAGAUAGCGCGGGCAUAACGGAAUCAUGAAUACUGUAAUACUGCAUUUUUUUUUAUUUGCUUCUGUAAUGUGUUAGUAACCUUUCACCAUGGCUAUAGUUUUAUUUUCAACAAACACUCCAAUGGAAAUUGUCUUACUUUAUGUAAUGUUUGUUGAUAGCGGACGGUGGACGCAACGAACGCGAUGCAGCCAUACCGACUUUGCCACGUAAUAUAUUUAUAGCAGUAAGCCCACAAAAUUAAUCAAACUAUUAUAUUCAGCUCUUUAGCCGGGAGCGGUAUUAUUGAAGAUAUUGUAUGAGCUUGUAUAUGUGAAUUCUAUCGUUGCACCGAUACAUUAAUCAUUUUCUUUAAAUAUAAGCUAUCAUGUAUUUUACAACAAAAGCAUGAAAUCUCCAAUAAUCUCGAUCAAGAUUGUUGACAGCAGUAGCACCGUUAAAAUCCCGUUAACUUGGAAUAAGACAUGUUUAAACUUGCAAGUUUUUUCUUUCAUAUACAAAUAUGUUUCAAUAUGCGUGUAGCUUGUUAAAAAACACCUAAAUUAAGAUUUAUAGGUUUAUUUCGUGAGAAUAUACAUUAGAUAUAUGUAUGUCGAAUGUAUAUUUGUGACAAAUCGCGUAGGUCUUUUUAACACUAUUCCGCAAGGUGAAGAAAAAUAUAUCACAUUUAAAAGAA